AUGUUAUCCAAAUAUGAGAACUCGGGGCCAGUCGAUUGCUCACUCCCUUUUGACUUGAACGGUAUCAGGGGCAAGUCGGUCUUGAUCACAGGGGGUCUGAAUAAAGCUCGCAGUGGUCUAGGAUACGAGUAUGCUAAAACCUUCGCAAACGCUGGUGCGAUUGUUACCAAUGCGGACAUCAAGCCAUCCAGUGACGAAUUAACACUUCCAGGCGUUCGAUUCAUUAAAUGUGACGUCCGAAGCUGGGACGAACAAAAAGAGGCUUUUGACGCCGCAAUUGCCAGCUCUGCGAAUGGAUGUAUUGACGUGAUUAUCGCGAACGCGGGCAUAUCAGGUGAUGAUCCAUUACUUCGGGGCAUUGAUGAGCUUGAAAUUAAGAAACCAGAUACAACUCUCGUUGAGAUCAACCUGCUUGGAGCUAUGUACACGGCCCGGCUAGCAUUACACCACUUCAGCGUCGAAUGGCCAGCAGACUCAGCCCAGCAAGACAAGUGCUUAAUUCUGAAAUCUAGUAUCAUGGGAUAUCUCGACUCUCGCCCAUCCUACGGAUCCACAAAGUUUGGCGUGAGGGCAAUUAUGCGGGCUUUGAGACAUCUUGGCCGCUGUCGAGUCAAUGUCGUGGCCCCAUGGUUCAUCGCCACGCCCAUCAUGGAUGAAAACGUGGUCAAGACGUUAGGUAGCCAGCUCGCUGCCCAGGGUUCCGAGUUUGCACACAGUGAUGACUCCGUAAACUGCAUUUCACGCAUCGCCAGUGACAAGUCUAUUCACGGGCGCGGAUUUGCCAUUGUUCCCAGGAGUCUGGUCAAGGAGGGAUAUAUGGACGUUGACGAGGAUGACUUUGAGGAAGGAACAUUGUGCUAUAAGCUGCAACAUAUCACUUACGGCCUGUCCCACCGCAAAUAG